AUGGCAGCUUGGUUCACCUUCUCCCUUGCCUUCAGCACCAUAGCACAGGUGUUUGCCUCUGGUGUUUUUGAGCUGCACCUCCACGACUUUAAGAACCAAAAGGGUCUCUUAGCCAACGGGCUGCCGUGCAAGCCCAGCUGCAGGACUUACUUCAGGGUGUGCCUGAAGAACUACCAGGCGGUGGUCUCGCCAGGGGGGUGCAUAUUCGGCAGUGCCCGAACGCCAGUUCUGGGCUCCUCUAACUCCUUCAGUGACGCGCCACCUGGUCUCAUCCAAAUCCCCUUCAACUUUAGCUGGCCGGGCUCCUUUUCGUUAAUAAUUGAAGCCUGGCACUCUCCUCAUGGAAAUCUACCUGUAGAAACCAGCAACCCAGACUUUCUGAUAAGCUUCUACGCCAUCCAAAGACAAAUGAGCGUGGGCAGCGACUGGUCUCAGGACAUGCAGACCAGCGAGCAGACGGAGCUGAGGUAUUCCUACCGCUUCGUCUGCAACAAGAGUUACUACGGCGAGAGCUGCUCCAAGAAAUGCACGCCCCGGGACGACCGUUUUGGACACUACACCUGCACCAGGGAUGGGAAGUUGUCCUGCCUGGCCGGCUGGAAGGGCGAAUACUGUGAAGAACCCAUCUGUCUGGAAGGUUGCAGCGAGAGGAAUGGCAACUGCUCCAAACCGGGCGAGUGUGUGUGCCGAGAUGGCUGGCAGGGUACUUUCUGCGACGAGUGCAAGAAGCAUCCGGCGUGCAAGCACGGUACCUGCCAGCUGCCGUGGCAGUGCAACUGUCAGGAGGGCUGGGGAGGCCUAUUGUGUGACCAAGAUCUGAACUUCUGCACGCAUCACCAUCCAUGUGUGAACGGCGCCACCUGCAUGAACACGGGCCAGGGCAGCUACACGUGCACAUGCAUGCCGGGCUUCACGGGGGUCAACUGCGAACUGGAGAUGCAGGAGUGCGACAGCAACCCCUGCCGGAACGGAGGGAUAUGCACCAAUCUGGAGAGCGGCUACAUGUGCUCAUGUCUAGAGGGCUUUGAGGGCUCACACUGUGAACACAGUUUGCUGACAUGCGCUGAUUCCCCCUGCUUCCACGGUGGCAAGUGCUGGGAGAAAGACAAUGGGCGGAGCUACAUGUGCGAGUGUCCCCGUGGCUACACCGGCCUCAACUGCGAGAAGAGAGUGGACAAAUGCACGUCGCUUCCCUGCGCUAAUGGUGGUCAGUGUCUUAUCCACGGCGGCACUCGUGUGUGCAGCUGCCGUGCAGGAUUUACCGGCCAGCAUUGUGAAAUCAACAUCAACGACUGCGCCGGGAACCCAUGCGUCAACGGUGGUACCUGCCUUGACCGGAUCAACGAUUACACCUGUGAAUGUCCUUCAGGGUACAUUGGACGUAAUUGUGACAGGGUCCUGGAUGAGUGUCCCCUCCAUCCCUGCCUCAAUGGCGGCGUCUGCGCCAGUACGACCCCUCCUACUUGCGCCUGCCCACCUGGCUUCACUGGACCCAGCUGCGAGUUCUUUGCCGCUGUGACAUCACAGGUGGGGGAGAUUCAAGAUGGUUUUCAAUGGGUGGCAGUCUCUCUGGCCGUGGGGCUGAUGGCACUACUGGUCCUGUUGUGCAUGGUGGGCUUGGCCCUGAGGCACAUACACCGGCAAGCCCGGAGGCACCGCGAAGACACGGAGACCAUGAACAAUGUGUCCAGCGUUCAGCAGGAUAACCUCAUACCGGCAUCACAGCUCAAAAACACUAAUCAGAAAGUCAGCCUGGAGGUGGACUGCGACUCAGAGAAGUCGAACUUUAUCCAUAAAAACUAUCACUUGGACCAUUACAGCUCAAAAACAAAAGAGUUUAAGGACGAAAAGUCACAAGAAGAUAAAAGUCUCAUUUAUGACAAGUGUUUAGAAGACAAAAGACCCUUGAGUAGAGUGUGCAGUGAAAAACCAGAGUGUAGGAUAUCAACGAUAUGCUCGUCCAGAGACUCCAUGUACCAGUCGGUAUUUGUUAUAGCCGACGCAAGGAGAGAGUGCGUCAUAGCGACUGAGACGGUUGAAAAGGAGGCGAAGGUGGAUCGCCUGCCCGCCACUCGUUUUCUGGCCUUGUGUGAUAAUCAGCAUCACCACGAUGACUUACAGCCAACCAAUCAGUGA